CUCUAAUCUAUUGGUAAUGUUGGAAGCGACAUGACAAUGAUCUGAGGACAGAAAAACACGAAUGAUGAAUACGUUCUGUACAUAUCUCGUCUAUAAUAGCGCUUUUGAAGUAUGAAACAGGUGAAAUUAAUGUAAAAGUUGAUGGUUGAAUAUUACUCUUAUUUUAUACAAUGAAAUGAUUGCACACAAAAUGACGAUAAUUUGUGCCGUAAAGAAUUGUAAAUACUCAUCAGGUAAUGAAGAAUCAGGGCACAUCAUGUUUAUUAAUUUUCCAAAUGAUGAUAGCUCAAAAGUAUGGGCACAACAGUGCGGUAGGACAGACCUUUUGAUGAAAUCUAACGAAGAACUGCAUUUGAAUUAUUAUAUAUGUUCUCAUCACAUAGAAGACCAUUAUUUCAUAAGCAAGUUAGACCCAGUUGUAAUAGAUCAGCAUGCAAUUCCGACAUUAUUUGAAACAGAUACAAAGGAGAAAAGUUUGAAAGAUGUUUUUGAUGAAAAUGAACAAAUAGAAGUAACAGACAGCGUUGUAUUAUCUUACUGUGAUAUGAACAUCGAAGUAGAUCAGUAUCAUGAUAUUGGUAUUAGAUUAUCAAAUGUAUGCAGGAUAUGUGGAGAAUCAUGUGAGAAUGGCAUAGAAAUAUUUGCAGGAAAGGGGAUCGAACUAAAGUUGAAAGAGAAAAUAAACUUACAUCUUCCAAUAACAGUAGAUAUGGAUGAUUUAAUGCCUCAAAAAUUAUGCAUGAAUUGCUGUGAUAAAUUGGAAGUAGUACAUUCGCUUGCUAUAAGUUCUUUGAAAACAGAUAUGAAAUUGAAAAAAUUUCUAAAUAUUAAUAACACAAAUUAUGAUAGAAGGUAUGAUGAAAUAGUUAAGAAAUGUUCUAUAGAGAUUAAUGAAGAAUUACAUAUCACUCAAAAGGAUAAUCAAAUUACAUUGGUAGAGUUGCCUCCUAAUAGCAUAGAGGAUACUUCUAUGAAUCAAGGAAUCACUAGAAAAUUAAAUCACUUAGAACAGAUUGAUACUGUGAACAACAUAGAAAGUGAGAUGCAAUCCGAAUUAAAUAAUUUUAUCUGCACAUCUAGUAAAACGAACAAAGAAGAUGAAUCUGAAAAUCAAAAUACACAACAUUACCAGGAGAAUGGUGAAACCGUUUUCAAUAAAAUUUCAUGUUUUUACUGUAGAAAUUCUUUUGAAAGUCAAGAAGUAUUUGAAAAUCAUAAAAUAUUAUGUUAUAACAAAGAAAUUACAGCACAAAAACGAGAAAUAGUUAAUAAUAAUAUAAACAGAAGGGAUUCCAAUAACAUGGAAAUAGUGGAUGUACAAUAUAGUAGAGAUUCUAACACUCAUCACAAGAAUUUUGAAAAUGAACGAAAUUUAGAUGAACAUAAGCUUUCAUAUUGUACACUUUUUGAUCAAGAAUCGUAUAAACUUUCUAUUAAAUCACAUACAAAUGAAGAACAGUGCAGAACUAUUAAAGAGUUGCACAAUAUCAAUGAUCUUGCAGUAUCGGAAAUUAAUAAGAAGUGUGGUCACUGUGAUACAGUUUAUGGUACUAAAAAGGAACUAUCGAAUCACAUUGCAGAAUGUCAUAAGGGUCAAUUGUUGUUGAAGUGUACUAUGUGUGACAAGAGUUACGAAAAAUGGUCUAGUUUAGAUGUACAUGAAGCUACUCAUAGAAUAGAUAAACCUUAUCUGUGUGAUUUAUGUGGCAAAAGUUUUAAACAUUCUAACAAUUUAAGAGGUCAUAAAAGAACUCAUUUAGAUGAUUCAAAGAAAAAGCGACACAUCUGCGAAAUUUGUGGACACGCAUUCAGAUCUAGAUUUCAUUUGGCUGAACACAUGAAUCAACAUAAUGGAAAUAAACCUUAUGCUUGCGAUAAAUGUGGGAAAACUUUUUACAAAAGAAUACAAUUGAGACAGCAUACAUUAUCCCAUGGUUUAAAUAAACAUAUUUGUCCAAUAUGUGGAGUGGCAUUUAAUCGUAAAGGAAAUAUGAAUGCACAUCUUAAACGUCAUAAUAAUGGAAAUGGUGUAUAUACAUGUAGUGUUUGUGCGUACAGAUGUAACUCAAUGAGCGAAUUAAAAUUACAUAGGAAAAAGCACACAGAACAGGACAUCAUAGACAGUAUACAAAAAAAGUGUAUUGACAAAGCUGCGUUGCAAUGUAAAAGUUGUAACAGGGUAUUUUCUACGCGAACAGUAUUAUUGAACCAUGAACGAACUCACAGAAGAGAAAAACUAAUGAUAGAAUGUAAUAUUUGUGGAAAGAAAUUGUCGAGUAGAAGUACGUUAAGCUAUCAUAAACGCUCUGUACAUUCUACAGAGAGACCACACAUGUGUCAAUAUUGUGGAGAAUCGUUUGUCUCCAAAGAAGCGCACCUUAUACAUGAAAGGAUACACACUGGGGAACGUCCUUACGUUUGCAAAGUGUGUAACAUGAAGUACAAAUGCUCAAGCAAUCUCUGUCAACACAUGAAGAUCCAUUCCGGUGUUAAACCUCAUAAGUGUUCGUACUGUAACAAAUGUUUUACCCGGAAGGGCGCACUAAACGUUCAUGAGAGAAUUCAUACUGGAGAGAAACCAUUUUCCUGUGAUACAUGUGGCAGGACAUUUACACAAAAGAAUGACAUGCUGAAACACACCAAAACGCAUCAGACUAAAUCGCUACAUUGUGAACAGUGCGAUCAAACAUUCACAAGAAAGAAAGAUAUCUUGAAACAUAUUACAUUGCAUGAACAUAAUGAUCCUAUAAUUCAAGAGUACAUAGAAAUUGAACAGCAAGUGGAGACUUACAGUAUGGAUAUACCUUGUUCUCAAUUUGAAUAAUUUUGUGUAUGCAUGUACAAAAUAAAAUAAAACAUUGGAUGAUAGAAAAAUACUAACAUUAAUCUUAUGAAUAAUAUUAAGUUAUGCUAACCGUCGGAUAGGCUAAAAAAACAAUUUCAAUUUAAUUUUGUACUUUUUCUCAUCUUAAAAGUUAUUUGUUUCUAUUUAAGUCAAAAUACUAUUAUCCACAUUUUAAAGAUGUGUUUUUAAGGAAAAAAAUGUUUU